UCCGUUUGUUUGUCUAUGGCGCCUGCCUCCGCCUCUUCCGCCUCUUCCUCCUCCCCCCUCCCUUCUCUGAGGGGAGGCGCGAGGCCCGGAGGUCUGCGCUAUCCCAGGGUGCAGUUCGCGGCGUGGCCUCCGCCGUCCCGCCGGGUGGGAGAGAGAGACGCUCUGUACCGCUCCCUCACCAACGAGACGACACCGCCACCGCCAAACGGACAUGUUCGCGCCCAGGCCUUGAAACGGGGACGGAAGCGACGUCCUAGCCGCGCUUUCCUUCUGGCCUUCCUUCCCUCCCCCGCCGCCGUUGUGGACCCCUCGCCGACCGACAACAUGGAGGCUGUGAACGCCUUCAACCAGGAGCUUUUCUCACUGAUGGAGAUGAAGCCUCCUAUUUCCCGUGCAAAGAUGAUUCUCAUCACUAAAGCUGCCAUUAAAGCUAUUAAGCUUUAUAAGCAUGUUGUCCAGAUCGUUGAGAAGUUUAUAAAAAAAUGUAAACCAGAGUAUAAAGUCCCUGGAUUAUAUGUAAUUGACUCAAUUGUUCGUCAGUCUCGCCAUCAGUUUGGAACAGACAAGGAUGUUUUUGGGCCAAGAUUCUGUAAAAAUAUAAUUGCCACAUUCCAGUAUUUAUAUCUUUGUCCAUCAGAAGAUAAGAGUAAGAUAGUUCGUGUCCUCAACCUAUGGCAGAAAAAUGGAGUAUUUAAAAUAGAAAUUAUUCAGCCUCUUCUGGACAUGGCAGCAGGAGCUAGCAGUACAGCUUCAAUGACUGAAGAUGCCACUAAUAAUGAAGGUUCACCACCUCCUACUACAGCAAUUCCAUCAGAGCUUCCACAGGUUUCUUCUAAUUCAGUACCUGCUGUGCCACAAUUGCCCAGUUCUGAUGCUUUUGCAGCUGUAGCUCAGUUAUUUCAAACUACACAAGGACAACAACUGCAACAGAUUCUUCAGACUUUUCAGCAGCCCCCUAAACCUCAGUCUCCAGUGAUAGAUAAUAAUGUGAUGGCUCAGGUCCACGCUAUUACUGCUCAGCUGCAGACAACACAACCGUCAGAACAAAAGCAUGAUUUCUCAGCCCCAGAACAAAAGACAUCCUUUGAUAAGCUGUUGGAUCGAUUUGACUAUGAUGAUGAGCCAGAAGCAGUGGAAGACCCAAAGAAAGAAGAAUCAUUAUCUUCUUCAGUAUCUCAACCAACCUUUGGAUUUCCAAGUGAAGGCAUACAACAACCAAUUUAUCCUCAGAUCCCAAAUAUCGAUCAGUUCCAGCAGCGAAUGUUGGGAAUACAGCAGGAUGCAAUGCUCCACCAGGCCCCACUUCCUCCAAAUGGACAAAUACCAACCUAUGGACUUCUGCCUGCACCACAAUUUCCACCCAUGGCUCAGACUGUUAUACCACCUUCGUCGCAGGUGCAGCAAUCUUUCCAGCCGCCUUUUCCAGUGCAAAGUGAGUCCCACAUGCAGAAAACACACCAACAGGAAAUGGAAAUGGAUCAUCCUCCUGUUCAAGAGGUAAAGAGACAUGACCACAGAAAGUCAAGAUCUAGAUCUGCAUCUAGGUCACCCAAAAGGAGAAGGUCACGUUCUAGUUCUCGAAAUCGACGAUCGCGCCAUCGUCGCUCUCGUUCUCGCUCUCGGGAUAGGCGUCGCCAUUCUCCUAGGACACGGUCCCAGGAAAGGCGGGAGAGGGAGAGGGAGAGAGAGAGGAGAGGGAAAGGUCUUCCCCCAAUUAAGCCAGAAACCGUUAGUGUUUGCAGUACAACACUGUGGUUAGGUCAGUUGGACAAACGAGCCACACAGCAGGAUGUCGGAGGCCUUCUUGAAGAGUUUGGUCCAAUUGAAUCUAUAAAUAUGAUACCUCCAAGAGGAUGUGCUUAUAUUGUAAUGGUGCAGAGACAGGAUGCAAACCGUGCCCUGCAAAAACUAAGCCGUGGAAAUUUUAAAGUGAAUCAGAAAUCAAUUAAGAUUGCCUGGGCUUUGAAUAAAGGAAUUAAACCAGAUUAUAAACAAUAUUGGGAUGUAGAAUUAGGUGUUACUUAUGUACCAUGGAGUAAAGUUAAACCUGAAGAUUUGCAAAGUUUUUGUGAAGGAGGAAUGCUGGACAACGAAACACUUAGUCCUGAAUGGAAAGGAAUUCCAAAAAAACCAGAAAACCAGGUAGCCCAAAAUGGUGGUGCAGGAGGUGGAGACACUGCACAUAAUGAACAAACAUUGCCUGUAUCUAAAACUGUUCAAAUGCCUGUUCCAAUACCUACACCAAUGGCAUUGCCUCCACCACAGGUUCCACAACAUCAGCCUGGCCCUCCAAUGGUUGGUACGCUUCAGCCACCUACUUUUACCCCUCCAUUAGGAAUUCCACCUCCUGGAUUUGGUCCUGGAGUUCCUCCACCACCACCUCCACCAUUUUUGAGACCUGGCUUUAAUCCAAUGCAUUUACCACCAGGGUUUCUCCCUCCUGGGCCUCCUCCUCCUAUUAAUCCUGUUUCAGUUCCUCCUGUCUCUGUCCCUCCUUCUGCAGGAGUAAACAUCCCAAACUUUACUGGAUCUAGAGGAGGUGCUGAAGAUGAGGAUGGCCCCGAAGGAUAUGAAACUGCUCCGCCGCCUACAACCUCGACUAGCGUGCCAGCUUCUGUCACGCAAUCAACUCCACUCCUUGGCACCCCAGGAACCACGCCUAAUCCUGUGAUUGGACUUCAGACGGCUUCCACAGGCCUUUUAGGUGCACGGCCUGGUUUGAUCCCACUCCAGCGACCCCCAGGAAUGCCACCCCCUCACCUGCAGCGUUUUCCAAUGAUGCCACCGCGGCAUAUGCCUCCCCACAUGAUGCACAGAGGCCCACCUCCAGGUCCGGGAGGCUUUGGGAUGCCCCCACCUCAUGGGAUGAAAGGCCCUUUCCCACCACCAGGCCACUUUGCAAGGCCUGGUGGACCUGAUGAUAAUAAUAGAGAUGGAAGGCAGUUCAGGAAUGAUAGGCAGCCAUUUACUCCAAACAGAGACCAGGAAAGAUUUGGAAGGCGACCUUUUGGGAAUCGGAUAGAAAAUGAGCGUGAACGUUUCGGAAACCGCAAUGACGACAGAGAGCAUGAACGCCUUGGUAACCGUGAAAGGAGAGAUUGGGGAAGAAGAAGCCCCGAACGUGAGAGACACCGAGACGUGGAGGAAAGAAAUAGACGUUUCAGCGGACAGAGAGAUUCUAGGGAUAGGGAAUCUCGCAGAGACAAGGACGAAAAUCGAGGGAAAGAGAAACCUGAGUUGACAGACAGCGUAGAUGGUGUCAAAAACCAUGAAUCCCAGAGUAGUAAAGUGGAAAAAACAGACACUGCUUCAGAACUGAAUAAAGCAGAGUCUAAACCCACAGGGGCAAAACCUGCAGAAGAGUUAACAUCUGAGUCUACCUCAUCUCUUGAAAAAUCUGAAAAGUCUACUGGCUCAGUUGUAGAAGGUUCUCGCUAGAGACUGGAAUUUUUUUCCAAGCAAAGUGACAUUGCAGUGUAGAUCUUUAGAGUUGUACAGUAUGCUGUAUAUUUGCUUUUGCUAUAUCUCAACUCCUCCAUAGUUUAUGGGGAUAUGUAAGCAAUUUGAUUGCUUCCCUUCUAUUUAAAGUAGUUACAAAAUAACAAAAAGAAAUGAAUAAACUAUUGCCCAUUUUUUUGCUGUAACUUUUUAAAAGUUUUGACUUUAAAAAGUUUACAAGUCAGAAUUAGAAGUGCUUUCUAUUUUUUUUUUAAUUUAAGUGAAGGUAACGGUAAAAGCUCCUAAAACAAAUAGGGAUGUUUUUAAUAAACUCUAUUUUCAUAACAAACUUUAAUGUGUGCUAUUCUUCCUGCACUGAAGUGGUAAAGGAUUGUUCAUCUUAAAAUUUGAACUGUUAAUACAGUACUGAAGUCUAAAUUAGACUUUGUUUAAACAUGUUUGUAUAACGAUUCACAGAAAUAAUGUGGUAGUUAUGUUGAUUUUUAAAUUUAUGAUUUUUAAUUUACAUGAAUAGAUGGAGAAAAUAACUUUUAAGUGUUAAGAGAAAAUCUAGUGUUUGCAGUGAAAAGUUGAUUUCCUGCUUGUUUUUCUUGGCCAUCCAAAAUAGAUGCUAUAGUAAAUGGUUACCCUGAAACAAUUUCCCUAAUAAUUCUGGGAGCUCUUGGAAAGCACAUCAGCAUACUUUUGCGAUAAUAAACCAUUGAUUAUGGAAGAUGCUAAUGAAAUGCAAAAUUGACACAUAUUCUAAUAUAUUUUAGAAAACUGUUUGAAAGCAAAUAUUUUAAAUUUUCAAAUGUUGUCUUAUGCUUUGCAAUAAUCACACUAUUUUUAUAUAACCUGGUCGUGCAUCUGUCCAGUUGCUUAUAACAAACUAAAGAAACAUAUAUUGUUCAAUUAAAUGUUCUAGUGCCAUUUCAAAAUGCAGGAUAUUUUAAAUCCACAUGGCCUGCCCGUACGUUCAGUCUUGAUUUUCUGUUUCUGUUGAUAUGCUCAGUACUUCAGUAGCUGUUUCCAUUGAGAUAAAGAGCUGCUCACUUUUUAAGGAGGUGAUACUACAGGAAGACUUUUCUUUGGGUCACAGAAAAAUAAAGAAUUUGUGAAAUCAUUUUCACAUUAAGCUUAAUUUCCAUGCCAUUUAUUAGAACAAUCAAAAGUGGAAUUGAAGUAAUUGUAUUUAAGCCUAUGAAGGUAAUGGGUACUAUUUAAAAAAUCUUGUACCUAAUCACUUAAAAACAAUUCAAAAGCAUAUGAAAGUCUCAAAAGGUUUAUGUAAACCGUAUUCAUGGUGCUCUAAUUUUAGAUGUGAGGUAAUAUUAUGAAGCAAGUUAGAGCCUUUUUUGUCAGUAGUAGCCAUUUCUUGGUGGCCUUUAUUACAGGUAUAUUUAAAUUAGGUAUAUAUAUCUACUGUAUGCAAAGGAAAGACUAAACAUGCAGAUGGCCUUAGGUACACAUUAAUUUCAGUCACAGCAAGGGGCUUGAAAACUGCUCAAGCAUGAGCUAGAAUUGCCAAACAUUUCCAAUAGGCUUAUAUACAAAUAAGCACUUUCCGUAAAAAUAAUGAAAGCUAUUUUAAAAUGACAAUAUUAAACAGGGUGCUAGGCAUACAGCAUUUGCCACUAUUGAAUAUAGAUUUUAAGAAGCAUGGUCUUCCAAAAAACUCCUUGCAUCAUCCUACUACCUACAGUACCUAUGGCGAUCAGUGCUGAACAAGUGAAUCUUUACUAAGGUUAAUAAAUUACAUUGUAUUAUUGACAUGAACUGCAGACUAUGCAUAGUAGUCCUUUGCAGAUACGCAGCUGAGUAACUAAAAUGAGUUCAAUCCAUGAAUUUUAAAAACGCAGCAUGUUGUAUUUUAUUAUUUUCUGUAGGACGGACAAGGCUUGGGUCCAACUUGUAAAAAACAAUGCCAUAUAUGUGAACUUUCUUAAAUGCUCACUCUUCCUAUAAAAAUCAAGAUAGGCUGUAUUGGCUGACUUAAAACAUUUCUUUUAUAGGAAAUAUGGUAAGAUUACCCUGGUUUUGGGCAAACAUUACUGUGCAGCAUUAGAUGAUUGUCCAAAACAGGAGAUAUCUUAGACUUCCAUUUGAAGUGUUCAGAGCAAAGGCUCUACACUUCCCUUGAAUUUCCCAAACUUCCAGGCACAUAUUUAUAUAUGGGCUAGAGAAUGAGUGAAGCCAAAGAAAUUUCAGUCUGAGUGUUCAUUUGCAUGGUAUCUGAAACAGUGGAAACCAGAUGGCUUUUCUCUUCACAUGGGAAACUGGUAGAAUAUCAUAGAUUGGCCAUGGUUUAAGACCCUUCAGGAAUAGGAAUGUGUCAAGCCAGCUUGAAAAUGCCAACAUUACGACAAGUUCUGUUGACCCAAAUGGCAAGGUAAACGAAGAUAAUCCAGAUAACACCACCACCGUAGACAAAAUGAACUGAUGCCCACUAUCUAUGAAAGACCAAAUAACUCCUGAAAUGGUGUUUCAUAAUGCCUUUAAUUACAGGUGUACAAAAUAAGACGUGUCAGUUUACAUUCAGCUUAACAGAGCUAUAGCAUUAGCUGGUUGCUUUUAUACCCUAAAUAAAGCCAGAUAAUUGAAGAAUUCCACAAAUACAUAUGACAUAUUGCUUUUUAGUAUACAGUGCUCCUUUUGGCGCAUCUAGGCCUUAGCCAGUCCAAUCACACCGCAAGCUAGGCGAGCACCAGCAUUUCCAGUUUUCAAGCUCUCAUCAUUUCCUCCUCUGCCCAGAUCAUCCGGUUUUGCAUGAACCUAAAAGGAGCACAGCAACAGAAUCAGACCCAAGCUUUGUAGGUUAGUAAAACUAUUUUACUAUUGAUGAUAACAAUUGAGAUACAUCCCAAUGAACUAAAGAGCAACCCCAAUUCUGAAAUUUUAAAUAGAGUUUAUAUUUUUUAAAAACAACCCUAUGUCCAACCAUCACUUGGUAACCAAGUAUUCCUUUCUUGCAGUAAUUUAAUCAUAAUAAUACAUGUUAUAUCAGAUGCCAGCAAUGAACAAAAGGCAGAUACUAUGUGAACCUUCCUAGUUUCAAGGCAAACAGUUCAACCCCAUAAUGCAAAUAGGUCAAAAAACACGAAGCUAGCCUUCUGUCAAUAGAGAGAUAACAAAAUAAAAGAUUGUUUCUGCUCAAUAUUGUGACUGCCUGUGUAAUGCCAGUGCUGCUGCUAGUCAUGUCAGCCUGCGCUUCCCAACAUCUAAUCAGUUCUGCCUAGCUUCCCCACUAACACUCUGACAAAUACAACUUCAGAAUUUCCAUUUUCCAAAAAAUCAGUAUAAAUAGUGUACAGAAAUAUUUUAAGCUACAUGAUUUGUCAGCAUAAACCUUUUUAGGUAAAAAAAAUUAGGGCUUAACAUUUAGAACUACGCUCAAAUUAGUUUUAGAAUACUGGUGUUAAGACUUGAAACACAUCAGUACUACAUAUUUGUACACCUCAAUAUUUGCAACAAGCCACCAAUAAAAUGAGGAGAUCUGUGCUUCAAGAUGGUUUAGCUCACCGCUCGUCCAAGUCAUGCUCAAUCCAUAAACCAGCUAUGCAAAGGAGUAUCUCUGACAAUAACUUUAGAUCUAAUUACUCAGUGAUUUCAAUCCUUGAGAGAUGCAGCCAACAGUCCCCUCAGAGAGAGCAUUAAAAUACUUCCCAGGAUUUUCAAGAAAAAUGUCAAAAACACUUACCACCAGAGUACGUCCGAUAACUGAAUGUGGCCCCGAGAGAGAAAUAACACAGUCGGUUAUGUCCACGUCUGCCACACCAGAGCCAUUUGCCUCCACAUUUCCCAGAUCACCAACAUGCCUGAAAUACAGUAUUAUGGUUGUUUUAAAUGGAAAAUUACUUCCAUUCAUACUCAACUUAUGGAAGUGCUACCACUGUAUCCCCAUGCUCACAAGUGCAAAGCAGAUGAUGUUUACUGUGCCCAAAUAUCAGUUUUGCUCAACUUGUAGUCAAGUUUAAUUGGCCAGUAUUAGCUUUGGCCCUUGCUAUUCAAUCAAUUUCCUUUUUUCUUUAAUAUUUGUCGAACCUAAUACAAAAAUAAUCUUCCUAUGAUGCAAUAUCCAGUUGACAUUAAACUCACAUAAGAUUAGUGUUACUUGACAGGAAUAAAUUGUUCUUUUAAAAAAUUAUUCAUAACACUGAAGCAAGGACUAGUAAUGUUAUGUCUUCCUAUUUUUGUUAUUGCUUUGCUGAACUUCUUUCAUGGUCUAUCUACUGGGAUUCACAACCCAUGCAACUUCAAUAGUAUCAGCAUUAAGAACAACACAGAAAGAUUUACAGUUGUACAGAUUUCCAGGAUGUUUUGAAGAUUUCUUCUGGAGUUCUCUUUGUAACUUAGAGCUGCCAUCAGAAAAUUGAUACCUUCAUUGUAAAUCAAUUGUACACAUAUACUGAUGCCUCUAACUGUAUGGCUGUAUUUUACUUGUUCUAGUAGACUGUAUUCAUAUUUUUAUUUUAUGCAAUGUUGAAUAAACUAUAUGCAAAACAAA